AUGGCAGCCGCACUCGGGCUUCCAGCACCCCAGAAGGCGGCCAGUCCUCGGACUGAGCGCAGCAGGUGUGCCCAGUGGGCGCAGCCCCAGGGCAGCGGCCACCUGUCGUUACAGGAGGCGGUGCCGCUGACCUUCCAGGAUGUGGCCGUGUACUUCUCUCGCGCGGAGGGGCAGCAGCUGGGCCCAGACCAACGGGCGCUGUACAGGGAUGUGAUGUUGGAGAACUACGGGCACGUGGCCUCACUGGGACUCCCUGUUCCUAAGCCGGAGCUGAUCUCCCAGUUGGAGCAAGGUGAAGAGCUGUGGGUCCUGGAUCUUAUGGGAGCUGAGGAACCAGAGCCCUUGAGCAGCUGCAGCACAGAUUUUGAGAUUGGGACUGAGAAGAAACUAUCCAUUCUAAACCAAAAGUGCUCUGAAGAAGUAAAAAACCCAGAACUUAUAUCUAGAAGAUUCUCGGGGUGCAAUCCACAGGCACCUGUGUUGCAGGAAGCUUGGGACCCUGUGGCUAAAGUAGAAGGACACCUGUGGGAAUCUGUUGGGCAGAGUUUGAAGAAACUCCAUCUUCAUAAGAGAGUUUUUAGGAAAGAAACUGCCAUGUGCAGGGAAAGGUCUCCAGGAGAAAGAACCCAGGAAUGUAGUGCAUUUGAUGGAAACUUGAAUCUGAAUCAAAAUGCUGUUAGGCUUCAAAGAAAUAAAACAGGAGAGAGAGCCUUUACAUGUGAUAUAUGCAGCAAAACCUUCAAAUACAAUUCAGACCUAAGUAGACAUCAGAGAAGUCACAGUGGGGAAAAACCUUAUAAAUGUGGUCAAUGUGGGCGAGCAUUUGCUCUUAGCUCAGGCCUUAUUCUGCACCAUCAAGUUCACACUGGAAGUAAACCAUUUAAAUGUAAUGACUGUGGGAAGACUUUUCGUCUCAAUUCUCACCUACUUCUUCAUCAGAGACUUCAUACUGGAGAAAAACCUUUCAGAUGUAGUGAAUGUGGGAAGGCUUUCAGUCGAAGUUCAAGUCUUAUUCAACAUCGCAUCAUUCACACAGGAGAGAAACCAUACAAAUGUAAUGAAUGUGGAAAAGGCUUCAGCCAGAGUCCACAGUUAACACAGCAUCAGAGAAUCCACACUGGUGAGAGGCCACACGGAUGUGACCAGUGCGGGAAGGCCUUCAGUCGAAGUUCAAGCCUUAUUCAGCACCAGAGGAUCCACACUGGAGAGAAGCCCCAUGUGUGUGACCAGUGUGGGAAGGCCUUCAGUCAGAGCUCAAGCCUUUUUCUCCAUCACAGGGUGCACACUGGAGAGAAGCCCUAUGUUUGUAAUGAGUGCGGCAAAGCCUUCGGUUUUAACUCUCACCUCACUGAACAUGUAAGGAUCCACACAGGAGAAAAACCCUAUAUUUGUGAUGAGUGCGGCAAAGCCUUUAGCCGGAGUUCAACUCUUGUUCAGCAUCGAAGGGUUCACACUGGGGAGAAACCUUACCAGUGCAUUGAAUGUGGAAAAGCCUUCAGUCAGAGCUCACAACUUGCCCUACACCGAAGAGUUCAUACUGGAGAGAAGCCCUAUGAAUGUGGUGACUGUGGGAAAGCCUUCAGCCGGAGGUCAACCCUCACUCAGCAUCAGAGGGUCCAUACCGGAGCGAGCCCCCGUGCAUGCAGAAAGUGUGCCCCGCCCCUUGUUCCUGGCUCUAGCCUUAGGCCACAUGGACAGAUGCCCACUGGAGAGAAACACUGUAUGUGUGAUGGACAUAGCAGAACCUUCAGCCAUGGCACAAACCUUGUUCUGCAUUGGGCGAUUCACAGACGUUUCAUGUUUUCAGAAUCAGUCGCUGUGUAGCUUUUUGAAUCUGGCUUCUUUAUUGUACUGCAGAUUCAUUGUGAUGUUGUGUGUGCUAAUAGUUCCUCCUUUUUUACUGCCAAGUAGCAUCUGUUGUACGGAUGAGGCAGUUUAUUUAUCCGUUCCCCACUGAAAAAGUAUUUGGGUUACUCUGUC